ACGAAAUAAUAAUGUAAAUUCGACAAUAAUUUUCUUACAUUAUUUACAUUAUAUCGCGUAUUUAAGAUUUAUUUACGAUAAAUGGAUCGGAUUACAGUAUUCUGCAAUGACAAACAACAGAUCCAUUUUUCAAAAUCCAUUUUGUGUGAAUGUAGAGAUAGACUAAAAUCCAUGCUACGUCCUUAUUUAAACAUAACAUCUGUCUUUUUUUACUUACCAUACUCCUCGGAUAUUUUGCAACAAAUCAAAGAGUGAGUUUCUAUAUCUGGAAGAAGGACGAGAAACCAUUAAAUCCAUGCAGAAUGCAACGGACAUAUUUUGCAUAAGCAAACGAUUAGGCCUACGUAAUUUAAAUAAAGAAUGUCGAGAUUUCAUGACCGAUCCGUCAAGAGUUAAAAAGGUGUGUUAUGUAUAUGACUUAGCAUGCCAACAGAAGGAUGAGCGAUUACAAUAUUUGUGCUGGAAUAUAUUAAGUUCGAAAUGGCAGGAAAUUUUUUCAUCGGACGAAUGGCUGAACUGUGAAGCAACAACUAUGGAUAGACUCGUUCGUAGGCCAAUAAAUCCAUUUAUUGACGAUACAGACAUAUUCUCAAUAGUUUUAAAAUGGGCCAAGAAAAGAGUUAAUAAUGAAAAAUCUCUAAGGCAGGUCAUGGAACCAUUUCUUCCGUACAUACGAUUUCUGACAAUGCCUGAAUGGUUUCUGGAAUCUCAAGUAUUCGUUGAACCGAUCUUAACGGACGUAGAGAGAGAUGCAAUAAGAUGUUACUUGCAAAAUAACGAUUAUGACGAGACAUGGUUUAUUCCAGAGAGUAUUUGUGACAUUACAUGUCCUAGAAAACACGAAUUACUCUCGUCCUGGUUCUCUUAUGUUAAUCGAAGUGCAUACUUUAUUAACGCAUUAAGGAAAAUAAAUACAAAUAUUCGAUUUAUAUGCGAAAUAGUUGUUAAGGAAGAUUGUUUUAUCAACGAAUUGCAUCUUCCUAUAACACAUUGCAGGGAAGAAGGAAUAAUUGUAGAUUUGUAUUAUUUUGCCAACUUAAACUUACGGACGAAAUUUCGUCUUGGAAAUAAUGCAUGUAAUAAAACCGGAUAUAUUUUAUUGAGUUGUCCUCUACGGAUUCUAAAGUUUACAUUUUAUCGAUUCAUUGCUACAAUUAUAGAGAGAGACGUCAUUGCAGAAAAUAAUGUAAGAAUCAGUCCCUCGGCAAAUUACUACAAUCCAUUGGAAGGAAUUGAAACGUUUAAAUAUUUGCAAUCCGGAUUGAAAUUGAAAGAUGAAUUUGACUACAUCUACUUCGAUGUUAUGCCCUAUUUUUAAAAACGGAUAUACAAAUUAAUUUUUGCUUUUAUUAUAUAAUGUUCAUCUCGUAAUAUUUACAAAAUUAUGCAUUUUCAUUUCGAAUAAUUAAAUUUAAU